AUGUAUGCUUUGCCAAGUUACGUCACCAGUGAACCUAAGUGGGCCGAACAUUUUUCUCGUUUUUUGAAUAAGUAUAAAGAUGACCUACCGUCACCUGAUUCUCUUGAAAUGGAGUUAAGAAUGUGGAAACUUUUCUGUUAUAACUACGAGUGUCCGCUUACAAAUUCCAUACAAGAGUUGCUUCCUUUUGUUGAUGUUCAUUCAUUUCCAAAUGUACAAACUGCCUUCAAAAUAUUUGCAACAAUUCCAGUGACUACAUGUAGCUGUGAGAGAUCGAUUUCAACUCUUCGUCGAUUGAAAACCUUCAUGCGAAGUACCAUGGGAGAAAAAGGAUUAUUGUCACUAGCAUUAUUAAAUGUUCAUCGAGAAAUUCACCUUAAUAUCGACAAAGUAAUCGAUCGUUUUGCACUUAAACAUCCAAGACGAAUGGUAUUGGCAGAUCUUUUAAAUAACGAUCCGUGA